GCAUUCCAUCUGCACUGUGUACAUUGAAGUGCUUCCUCCAAAUAAUCAAAGCCCUCCUCGCUUCCCACAGCUGAUGUAUAGCCUUGAAAUCAGUGAGGCCAUGAGGAUCGGUGCUGUUUUAUUAAAUCUACAGGCGACUGAUCGAGAGGGAGACCCAAUAACAUAUGCCAUUGAGAAUGGAGAUCCACAGCGAGUUUUCAAUCUUUCAGAAACUACUGGAAUUCUAACCUUAGGGAAAGCCCUGGACAGGGAAAGCACUGACCGCUACAUUCUGAUCAUCACUGCUUCUGAUGGCAGGCCAGAUGGGACCUCAACUGCCACAGUAAACGUGGUGGUGACAGAUGUCAAUGACAACGCACCAGUGUUUGAUCCCUAUCUGCCCAGAAAUCUGUCAGUGGUAGAAGAAGAAGCUAAUGCCUUUGUGGGUCAAGUAAGGGCAGCAGAUCCUGAUGCUGGAAUCAAUGGCCAAGUGCACUACAGCUUGGGUAACUUCAACAAUCUUUUUCGCAUCACAUCCAAUGGGAGCAUUUACACAGCCAUGAAGCUUAACAGAGAAGUCAGGGACUACUAUGAGCUUGUUGUUGUGGCAACCGAUGGAGCAGUACACCCUCGUCACUCAACUCUUACUCUGGCCAUCAAGGUUUUGGAUAUUGAUGAUAAUAGUCCUGUGUUCACCAAUUCAACAUACACUGUCGUUGUUGAAGAGAACCUGCCAGCUGGGACCACUUUCCUUCAAAUAGAGGCCAAAGAUGUUGACCUCGGAGCAAAUGUGUCUUAUCGGAUAAGAAGUCCAGAAGUGAAGCACUUUUUUGCACUACAUCCAUUUACAGGAGAACUCUCCCUUUUAAGGAGUUUGGACUAUGAGUCAUUUCCAGACCAGGAAGCAAGUAUCACUUUUCUAGUGGAGGCCUUUGAUAUUUAUGGAACAAUGCCACCUGGUAUUGCUACUGUCACAGUGAUAGUAAAGGAUAUGAAUGAUUACCCUCCAGUAUUUAGUAAACGAAUCUACAAAGGAAUGGUUGCUCCCGAUGCUGUCAAGGGUACACCGAUAACGACUGUUUAUGCUGAAGAUGCAGACCCUCCUGGAUUACCUGCAAGCCGUGUGAGGUAUAGGGUAGAUGAUGUCCAAAUUCCCUAUCCUGCAAGUAUUUUUGAUGUAGAAGAAGUUUCUGGAAGAGUAAUAACUCGAGUUAAUCUUAAUGAAGAACCUACAACAAUUUUUAAGUUGGUCAUUGUUGCUUUUGAUGAUGGUGAGCCUGUGAUGUCCAGCAGUGCCACUGUGAAGAUUCUUGUCUUACAUCCAGGAGAAAUCCCACGGUUUACACAAGAGGAAUACAG